UUUAUUCAUGGGUCUGUAUGACUGAAGGCCACAUGUAUGUGAAUGUCUUGGAGGCCAGAUGAAUGUGUCAGUCCCCUGGAGCUGGAGUUAACAGGCAGUUGUGAGCCACCCGAUGAUGCGGGGACUGGGAUCCAGAUGCUGGUCCUCAGGAAGAACAGCAAGCGAGCAGAGCCAUUGCUCCUCGUCCUUUCCCUCUGCUCCUAAGAGUUUCAGUUGACCCUGCUAUCCUGACGCCACUGCGCCUUUGGACUUCCUGCCCCUGGGCCUCUCUGGCCUCCUCACAGUGAGAUAUUAUCCACACUGGCCUCCAGCACAGUGCUGGUGGCCUUGGAGGUAGCAUGCUGGCAAUUUGGGUUUGUUGUAUUGUCCCUCAGCCAAGAACUGAUGAUCAGGUGGCAGAACAAAGUUUGAAGCCAAGAUUAGCGAACUAAAAAUAGUUACAUCAGGUGGUGUGGGCAGCCCUGAGGCCUGAAGGGGGGGAGCGAAACAGGACUGAAGAGGUUCAGUGUCUCCUCCCUUCCCAUCCUCCACCUCCAGAUUCCCACAGGCAGCCUCACAUACAGAACCACGCUUAGCUAUUGAGAAGAUGGUGGACCACUUGGCAAACACGGAGAUCAACAGCCAGCGGAUUGCAGCAGUGGAGAGCUGUUUUGGGGCAUCGGGGCAACCGCUGGCCCUGCCGGGCCGUGUGCUCCUAGGCGAGGGGGUACUGACCAAGGAGUGCCGCAAGAAGGCCAAGCCACGCAUCUUCUUUCUUUUCAACGACAUCUUGGUGUACGGCAGUAUUGUGCUUAGCAAGCGCAAGUACCGCAGCCAGCAUAUUAUUCCCCUGGAAGAGGUAACAUUGGAGCCACUGCCCGAGACCCUGCAAGCCAAGAACCGAUGGAUGAUCAAGACAGCCAAGAAGUCCUUUGUGGUGUCGGCAGCCUCCACCACUGAGCGCCAGGAAUGGAUAAGCCACAUCGAAGAGUGUGUGCGGAGGCAGCUACUGGCCACAGGUCGCCAGCCCACCACGGAGCACGCAGCGCCCUGGAUCCCGGACAAGGCCACGGACAUCUGCAUGCGCUGCACGCAGACGCGCUUCUCCGCACUCACCCGUCGUCACCACUGCCGCAAAUGCGGGUUUGUGGUCUGUGCUGAGUGUUCCAGGGAGCGUUUCCUGUUGCCACGUCUCUCUCCCAAGCCCCUUCGCGUCUGCAGCCUGUGCUACCGAGAGCUGGCCGCCCAGAAGCGGAGGGAGGAGGCCAGGGAGGGGAUCGGAGGCUCUCCACAGCAGCUGUCCCACCUAGGCGGCACUGUCUGUGGUGCAUCCAGUGGCGAUGACGAUGACUCCGAUGAGGACAGAGAGGGCAAUGGAGAUGGUGACUGGCCCACCCAGGUGGAGUUCUAUGCUUCUGGUGUCUCCUGGUCAGCUUUCCAUAGUUGACCCUUACCUGCAGAGUGUUUGCAUCAAGUCAGUUCUUUGCCGGAGACCCUUGCCCAUGGCAGUGGGCAUGUGACAGGUGGCUGUUCCAGAGCCAUUACUAGUGCCUUUCUACUAGACAGUAGCCUCCCGGGCCCUCUUCUAAGUCUUUUUCAGAUAAUUUCCUUUCCAUUUCAUAUGCAGUCCUUGGUGAUCAAGCUAUAGCUGCAGCUCUUGGAACUUGACCAGGCCAGGUGCCCCACGCAUUAAGGGUUAAAGAGGGCAAAGGGAAGCUUGGGCUUCAGACCCCAUUCCACCUUCAACCAUGAACAGGUACAGCCCAUGGGAGAGCAUGAGACUUGCACAUCCACCAUGCAGAUAUCACCACCUGGCAACCAGGUCCUGCCAAACUGGACGCCAGAUGUACGGUGUGUGCCCUUCAGGCCCAGGUGACCUACAGCCUGAGCUCUCUGAGCUCAAGCCAGCCCAUCAAGCCCUCUGCCCUGUCACUACCAAGGUGUCUGGUGCCCAUUUGGCUUGUCCCCAUCUCUGUCUGUGGUUAAUAGAAUCAGUGCUUUCUCUUAGGACUCUAGGGUCAGGGAGAAAAACCCUAUCCAAACUGAUUUACCAAUAAACAAGAAUAAAGUAUCAACUCUUGAUUGCUAAGAGUACCCUAGCUUCAGACACUGCUCAGUCCAGGGUAGAGACCAUGGCUCUAGGGAUAACCAUCACUGAUACUGCUACACUGGGCAUUCCUGAAAAUGCCUCCCACCCAGUGAGACAUUCACGCCACCAGGUCCCUGGCUCCCCAAGAACAGAGCUCCAUACUCUUGUUCUGAUAGCUAGCCAGCCUUCCUACUUUCCUUCCUUCCUUUUGAGACAAGAACUUGCUACAUAGGGCGAAGACAAACUUGAGAUCCUCUGUUCCUCAGCCUCCCUGGUGCUGGGAUUCCAGACAUGUACCACUGCACCCUGCUUAUGGCUGUGGGCUAUCUAAAUGGGUGAGAUAAGGAAGGAAACAGUGUCUCAGCCUGAUCCUUCUGGGAUGAAAAGCUCCCCUGUGUCGUCUCCUGCACUGCUGCUGCAGAUGGUGUCUGGGGAGCAAGCCACCAGCCUUUCAUGUUGACUGUAGAGCUUCAAGGCCCUUCAGAAACCUUCUAUAAAGCUGUGUGCAUGACAGUUCCUGCCUGUAAUCCCAGGACUCAGAGCCCUGCUUAUACAAAAGCCCUGUCUUGAGAAUGAGUCUUUGCCCAGUACCUGGCAGUCCUUGCCUGGAGUCCCUGUACAUAGAGUGGGGUCACUUUUAGCUACGUGUGGGACUUUGGUGCUAGGAAAACUCCCCUCCAAUUUCUGGUAUAGUGAACCCCAUUAUCAGGAUUCUCCAGAUCCCAAAGCUUGCGGUUGACAGACUCGUGGCUACCCUUCAGAGACUGCUGGAGGGAUCUCAGUAUGGAGUACCCAAGAGCUGCCUGUGACCCUUUCUGCAUGGCAGUGACAGGCUAGGGGACAUUGGGAAGCCCUUUCCCUCCAUGGCCUCUGUCAGCCACACAAACUAGUUCAGGCUGCUUUUCCUGUUUGGGCAGAGGGCACAGGGCCAGGCAGGUUCUCAGGUGAGGAAGGAGCAGCUUCCUGAAGCUAGAACUGGCAUCUUCUCAGAAGCCCAGGCCAGGCAGCCCCAUCCUUCCCACCCAGGGGUGCUGACCAACAACCCUCACUCCCCUGGAACCUUCCUGUCCAGGAAACCCUCAGGGUAUAAAAGGCAGUAGUUCCCUUGGACCGAUGGCACUAUCUGAGGCUGACUGGGUAUAGAGGUGGUUCUCAGCCAUUGGACAAAAUAAGCAGGGUGUCGGGAGCCUGUGUGGUCGGAGCCAUGUGGCACUGUGGGAAGGAGAGAUGGGAACUGGCUCAUCCCUCACCCCAGAGCUCAGCUUGACUCCCUCUCCCACAGACCUAAGACUAGGAUGUUACUCCCCUAAACUCCAAGAUGUUGGAGACCACAAGGGCCCUGGAUGGUCAACAACCUUGGAAAGGAGUUCACUUAUGCUAAGCUACUGGGAUGUGUAUUCCCUGCCAGAUGCCAGAGGCACAGCUGUGACUAAGAUGGACAGGGUCCUGGCUCAGCUCUCAGUUGAGAAGGGAGGCUAGAGGUAGGCUGAGGUUGGUACCAGGUGCAGAGAGUGAGCUGUGCCAAUGGAGAAACAACACCCCAGGAACUGGCAGCGACUAGUAUGGAGGCCCUGAAGAGGAAGGGGUCUGUGUGUCCUGGAGAAGCAUGUUGGAGUCCAAAAGGAAGUAGACCCCCAGAACCACAGAGACUUCUACAGGUAGCAGUCUAUUCUCUGCUCUGGGGACUGUUCUGACUUGUAGACAGAUGGCUGGAGAGUGUGGGGACAGGUGUGGGGACUGUGUAGCCAGAGCUAGCCUAGGAUUCCCAAAGGGAAGUCUAUCAAAAGCCCAUCCUCUGCCCUUUCUGCCUGUGGUGGUGGGCGGGCUUCCCUGGCCUCCCUCCCACCUCUGACUCUUUUGUACUGAGAUACUGAGGGGACUCCCUGUAUGACCUAGAUGACUGUCAGGAUCUUUGCCUCGGACUCUUUAUGAGACCAAGUGGCACCCAGUAUGUGCCACUCCUGAAGGGGAGUGGGGAACAGACUGCAGGAAUGAAGGCCUUGAAAUAAGUUGCAGAAGAAAGCAAAAUGGUGCAGUCACUACAGAAGCCAUUGUGCAGGCUCUCUACAAACAAAACCGCUGGGGAUGGCCCUGUUCAAUCUGGGUAUUCAGCAUACACUUGGGUACCAUCAUUAUCCUGGCAAUAUUCACAAUGGCCAGGUGUCCAACAUGUGAAUGAAUAAAGAAAAUACAGUGUACAUGCA